GCGGCAGCGGCGUAGGGAGUCGGCCCUCGGCGCCGACUCCAGGGAGCCAAGGGGCGGCGGCGGCUGAGGGUCCGCCGGCAGGCGCGUGAUGAGGAAGCACCAGCGCCCGACCGUGCUACGCGUCGGAGCUCGCUCGGAUCCGGGCGUUGGCAGCCGAUGGGCCCCGGGAAUCUCCGCCGCGAGCCCUUGUCAUCCCCUCCUCGCUUUCGCUUCUCCGCUCUAGCCUGGAGCGGUCUCCGGCGGCCGUCCUCGGCCCCGCGGCCCUCUCCCGGCUGUUUCUGGAGGGGUCCUCCCUCCGCGGCGCCUGGAAGCCCAGUGACGCGUCAGUCGGCGGGACAGCUGAGCUGCUUCUCUGGGAAAUUAGCCCCUGUUUCCUUACUACCCUCUCGGCUCCCGCCCCGGCGGCCCCUCCGGCUGGCAGGACGCUGCCUCCCAGCGCCUGGAGCGAGUCCCCGGGACUCCCCCAGGGGGCUACUUCGCAGCUUACCCCUUUCCCCUCCGCGGCGGCGCGCGCCCCCGCCGGACACACUCGCGCCCCGGCCGGCGCGCCGCCCUCCCGCCCGCUCCUUCCAGUCACCCCACCCUUAGCCGUCCCCGCCACCUUACUCCACCACCCUCCCCCGCCGCUCCGCGCACACCGCGUCCCGGCCCGGCCUCCCGCUCUCUCUGCCAAACCGCUCACUUGCCAGCCCUUCGCCCCCGGGAAGAAGAAACAUUUCCCGGAGCGCACUCCUCAGCCCUCACUACCCCCGCGCUCGCCCUCUCGCCCGUCCCCCCGCCCCGGCUCUUUCUUUCUUGGGGGAGGGGGGCUGUCGCCUCGGAUUGAAGGCCAUUGAUUUGUAUGUAUUUGUCCCAGCGCCGGAGGCUGCCCCAGCCGCCCGCGCGGGUGCCGCCGCCGCCGCCAGUGGAGUUGCCUCCCUGCUUCCCUAGGGUGGUUAAGCUCCACCAAACAUGUCGGCUCCUGUCGGGCCGCGGGGCCGCCCGGCUCCCACCCCGGCGGCUUCUCAGCCGCCCCUGCAGCCCGAGAUGCCCGACCUCAGCCACCUCACGGAGGAGGAGAGGAAAAUCAUCCUGGCCGUCAUGGAUCGGCAGAAGAAAGAAGAGGAGAAGGAGCAGUCGGUGCUCAAGGUCAAAGAAGAACACAAACCACAGCCGACACAGUGGUUUCCCUUUAGUGGGAUCACUGAACUGGUAAAUAACGUUCUUCAGCCCCAGCAAAAACAACAAAAUGAAAAGGAGCCCCAGACAAAACUUCAUCAGCAGUUUGAAAUGUACAAGGAGCAGGUGAAGAAGAUGGGAGAAGAAUCACAACAGCAGCAAGAACAGAAGGGUGAUGCCCCAACCUGUGGUAUUUGCCACAAAACAAAAUUUGCUGAUGGAUGUGGCCAUAACUGUUCAUAUUGCCAAACAAAGUUCUGUGCUCGUUGUGGAGGUCGAGUGUCAUUACGUUCAAACAAGGUUAUGUGGGUAUGUAAUUUGUGCCGAAAACAACAAGAAAUCCUCACUAAAUCAGGAGCAUGGUUUUAUAAUAGUGGAUCUAAUACACCACAGCAACCUGAUCAGAAGGCUCUCCAAGGACUGCGGAAUGAGGAGGCGCCUCAGGAGAAGAAAGCAAAAGUGCAUGAGCAGGCCCAGUUCCAAGGACCCUCAGGUGACUUAUCUGUACCUGCAGUGGAGAAAAGUCGCUCUCAUGGGCUCACAAGACAGGAUUCUAUUAAAAAUGGGUCAGGAGUGAAGCACCAAAUUGCCAGUGACAUAGCUUCAGACAGGACACGAAGUCCAUCAGUAUCCAGAGAUCAGAAUAGAAGAUACGACCAAAGAGAAGAACGAGAAGAAUAUCCACAGUAUGCUACUUCAGAUAACACCAUGCCUAGAUCUCCAUCAGAUUAUGCUGAUAGGAGGUCUCAGCGUGAACCUCAGUUUUAUGAAGAGUCUGACCAUAUAAAUUACAGGGACUCCAACAGGAGAAGUCAUAGGCAUUCCAAAGAAUACAUUGUAGAUGAUGAGGAUGCGGAGAGCAGAGAUGAGUAUGAAAGGCAAAGGAGAGAGGAAGAAUACCAGGCACGCUAUCGAAGUGACCCAAAUUUGGCCCGUUAUCCAGUAAAGCCACAGCCCUAUGAAGAACAAAUGCGUAUUCAUGCGGAAGUGUCCAGAGCGAGGCAUGAGAGAAGGCAUAGUGAUGUUUCUUUGGCAAAUGCUGAGCUGGAAGAUUCUAGGAUUUCUAUGCUGAGGAUGGAACGACCAUCAAGGCAGAGAUCUAUAUCUGAACGUAGAGCUGCCAUGGAAAAUCAGCGAUCUUACUCAAUGGAAAGAACUCGAGAGGCUCAGGGACCAAGUUCUUACCCACAAAGGACCACAAACCAUAGUCCUCCCACCCCCCGGAGGAGUCCAAUACCCAUUGAUAGACCAGACAUGAGACGUACUGACCCACUGAGGAAACACCACCACUUAGAUCCUAGCUCUGCUGUGAGGAAAACAAAACGGGAAAAGAUGGAAACAAUGUUAAGGAAUGAUUCUCUCAGUUCCGAUCAGUCAGAGUCUGUGAGACCUCCACCACCAAAGCCUCAUAAAUCAAAGAAGGGAGGUAAAAUGCGCCAGGUUUCAUUGAGCAGUUCAGAGGAGGAAUUAGCUUCCACACCUGAAUACACAAGUUGUGAUGACGUUGAGAUUGAAAGUGAGAGUGUAAGUGAAAAAGGGGACAGUCAAAAGGGAAAAAGAAAAACUAGUGAGCAGGCAGUUUUGUCGGACUCUAACACCAAGUCUGAGAGACAAAAGAAAAUGAUGUACUUUGGUGGCCACUCUUUGGAAGAGGACUUGGAAUGGUCUGAGCCUCAGAUUAAGGACUCUGGGGUAGAUACCUGUAGUAGCACAACCCUUAACGAGGAGCAUAGCCAUAGUGAUAAGCACCCUGUGACGUGGCAGCCAUCUAAAGAUGGAGAUCGUUUAAUUGGUCGCAUUUUGUUAAAUAAGCGUCUAAAAGAUGGAAGUGUGCCUCGAGAUUCAGGAGCAAUGCUUGGCUUGAAGGUUGUAGGAGGAAAGAUGACUGAAUCAGGUCGGCUUUGUGCAUUUAUUACCAAAGUAAAAAAGGGAAGUUUAGCUGAUACUGUAGGGCAUCUUAGACCAGGUGAUGAAGUAUUAGAAUGGAAUGGAAGGUUAUUGCAAGGAGCCACAUUUGAGGAAGUAUAUAACAUCAUUCUGGAAUCCAAACCUGAACCACAAGUGGAGCUUCUUGUUUCAAGACCUAUUGGAGAUAUCCCUAGAAUCCCUGAUGGCACACAUGCACAACUGGAGUCCAGUUCUAGCUCUUUUGAAUCUCAAAAAAUGGAUCGCCCUUCUAUUUCCGUUACCUCUCCCAUGAGUCCUGGCAUGUUGAGGGAUGUUCCACAAUACUUAUCUGGACAACUUUCAAUAAAACUGUGGUUUGACAAGGUUGGUCAUCAAUUAAUAGUUACAAUUUUGGGAGCAAAGGAUCUCCCUUCCAGGGAAGAUGGGAGGCCAAGGAAUCCUUAUGUUAAAAUUUACUUUCUUCCAGACAGAAGUGAUAAAAACAAAAGAAGAACUAAGACAGUAAAGAAAACAUUGGAACCCAAAUGGAACCAAACAUUCAUUUAUUCCCCAGUCCACCGAAGAGAAUUUAGGGAACGAAUGCUAGAGAUUACUCUCUGGGAUCAAGCUCGAGUUCGAGAGGAAGAAAGUGAAUUCUUAGGAGAGAUUUUAAUUGAAUUAGAAACAGCAUUAUUAGAUGAUGAGCCACAUUGGUACAAACUUCAGACCCAUGAUGUUUCUUCAUUACCACUUCCCCACCCUUCUCCAUAUAUGCCGCGACGACAGCUCCAUGGAGAAAGCCCAACAAGGAGGUUGCAAAGGUCAAAAAGAAUAAGUGAUAGUGAAGUCUCUGACUAUGACUGUGAUGAUGGAAUUGGUAUAGUAUCAGAUUAUCGACACGAUGGUCGAGAUCUUCAAAGCUCAACCUUAUCAGUGCCAGAACAAGUAAUGUCAUCAAACCAUUGUUCACCAUCAGGAUCUCCUCACCGAGUAGAUGUUAUAGGAAGGACUAGAUCAUGGUCACCCAGUGUCCCUCCUCCACAAAGUCGGAAUGUGGAACAGGGGCUUCGAGGGACACGCUCUACUGCUGGACAUUAUAAUACAAUUAGCCGAAUGGAUAGACAUCGUGUCAUGGAUGACCGUUACUCUCCAGAUAGAGACAGGGAUUGUGAAGCAGCAGAUAGACAGCCAUAUCACAGAUCCAGAUCAACAGAACAACGGCCUCUCCUAGAGCGGACCACCACCCGCUCCAGAUCCACUGAGCGUCCUGAUACAAACCUCAUGAGGUCGAUGCCUUCAUUAAUGACUGGAAGAUCUGCCCCUCCUUCACCUGCCUUAUCGAGGUCUCAUCCUCGUACUGGGUCAGUCCAAACCAGCCCAUCAAGUACUCCAGUGGCAGGACGAAGGGGCCGGCAACUUCCACAACUUCCGCCAAAGGGAACAUUGGAGAGAAGUGCUAUGGAUAUAGAGGAGAGAAAUCGCCAAAUGAAAAUUAACAAAUACAAACAGGUAGCCGGAUCAGAUCCCAGACUGGAACAAGAUUACCAUUCAAAGUAUCGAUCAGGAUGGGAUCCUCGUAGAGGGGCAGAUAAUAUUUCCACUAAAUCUUCGGACAGUGAUGUAAGUGAUGUGUCUGCGGUUUCGAGGACUAGUAGUGCUUCUCGUUUCAGCAGCACGAGCUACAUGUCUGUCCAAUCAGAACGGCCAGGAGGAAACAAGAAAACCAGUGUCUUUACCUCCAAAAUGCAAAGCAGACAAAUGGGCAUCUCAGGGAAGAACCUGACCAAAAGCACCAGCAUCAGUGGAGACAUGUGCUCGCUGGACAAGACAGACGGCAGCCAGUCCGACACGGCGGUGGGGGCCCUGGGCACCAGCGGCAAAAAGCGGCGCUUUAGCAUUGGCGCCAAAAUGGUAGCUAUUGUUGGCCUCUCCCGGAAAAGCCGCAGCGCUUCCCAGCUCAGCCAAACGGAAGCAGGAGGUAAAAAGCUACGGAGCACUGUCCAGAGAAGCACGGAAACGGGCCUGGCUGUGGAAAUGAGGAACUGGAUGACUCGCCAGGCGAGCCGAGAAUCUACUGACGGCAGCAUGAACAGCUACAGCUCAGAAGGAAAUCUGAUUUUCCCUGGUGUCCGCCUGGCCUCUGAUAGCCAGUUCAGCGAUUUCCUGGAUGGCCUUGGCCCUGCCCAGCUCGUGGGGCGCCAGACUCUGGCUACACCUGCAAUGGGUGACAUUCAGGUAGGAAUGAUGGACAAAAAGGGACAGUUGGAGGUGGAAAUCAUUCGGGCUCGUGGCCUUGUCGUAAAACCAGGUUCCAAGACACUGCCAGCACCAUAUGUAAAGGUGUAUCUGUUGGAUAAUGGAGUCUGCAUAGCCAAAAAGAAAACAAAAGUGGCAAGAAAAACACUGGAACCCCUUUACCAACAGCUAUUAUCUUUCGAAGAAAGUCCCCAAGGGAAGGUUUUACAGAUCAUUGUCUGGGGAGAUUAUGGCCGCAUGGAUCACAAAUCCUUUAUGGGAGUGGCCCAGAUACUUUUAGACGAACUGGAGCUGUCCAAUAUGGUGAUUGGAUGGUUCAAACUUUUCCCCCCUUCCUCCCUAGUAGAUCCAACCUUGGCCCCUCUGACAAGAAGAGCUUCCCAAUCCUCUCUGGAAAGUUCCACCGGACCUUCUUACUCUCGUUCAUAGCUGCUGUAAAACUGUUGUCAUAGCAACCAGCGUUACAAAAAAAAAAAAAAAAAAUCCACAGGUCGCAAACCCUGGUAACACUGCAUGCUUAAUGUUGUGUCUUCUGAGCCUGUUUCUAGGGAUACAAAGCGAUCCUGUGUUCUCAGAGGAAGUUGCACACAUUGUGCCCUAAUGAUGGCCCUCAGGUGAAAGAGCAGAGUUAUGAAGAACUAUCAGGUUUGGAGUUCAAUAGCACUCGAGUUUUGGUCCAAUCUGAAGCCAUGGAUUAAUCUCAAAGAAUCAGUCAGUUUCAUGCAACAAAAGCCCUUUUCAAUGGCACCUUUCUAUUUUUAUCGUUCCUUUUUCUUCAUUUCUCUGACCCCAAAGCCCUGUUAUGCCACAGAAAGGAGCUAUACAGUCAUUAAGCCAUGUUACGAGUCAAGGAGUGAAGUCCUAGGAAGCAUCAGGUGAAAAGCAGGAGACCAAAGAAGUGGUCCGGGACAGAUGUCAGCCCUCCUCUGCACAGUGACCAGGAGCAGCCUGUCCAGUGUGAGCAGUGGCAGACUUCAGAGCUCCAGCAGGCACACCAUUCACUAAGGCCACGAUGUGUCGGACUCUGAAAAACAAAAUUCUGUGGCUACACUGUACUGAAUGAAAUUAAAGAAACUUUUUUUUGCAUGGA